CGGCCCGGCCUCUUCUCCCCACAGGCCACACAGGCCGGGCGGGGGAGCGGGCCAGCCGCACCAGAGCUCGAAACCUCUCAAGGCCAGAAACAAAGAGAGUCAGAAGCUCCGGGCUUAGGUGUAAAAGCUUUUUCUUGGUCCUUCCCAUUAUCUCCCAUAUACAGAAUUGUAUUCUGCUCUGAAGACAGUGAAGAAAUUCCUUAAGUCCUAACCAUAUUUUCUAAGUUCUGUGGAAAACUCAUGGGUAUUGAACAACAAAACUGUUAAUUCUUCUGUAAAUUCCCAUUGCUGCCAGAAAAGAUGCUGUAGUCCAGUGGAUUACAUUGCUAUAUUGUAUUCAAAAACCAAAACAUUAAUAUUCUGUUUGCUGAUGUCCCAGCUAUGAACUGGAAGGAGAUUCAACACAAAAUUUAGAGAUUCUGAGCUGAGACAGAACUCUAUGAGGAAAGGAUGACACAUUCUCUCCUAAUGUCCAGGUAUUAAAAACUUUGAAAAGAGCAGAAUGUACUGAAUGGCAGUAACCAGUGUCAUCUUCCUGUCUUUGAGGUCAGCUGAAGCCUCCAGUGUCUCUAGUAAGCAGUGCAACAGCAACAGCUCCUUGCUGCUGAACUCCAGAGACGGGGAGAAUAUUGGAUCAGGAUGUCCCAGCAAAGAUGCAUUGUGAUCUUUGCUCUGGUGUGCUGCUUUGCAAUUCUGGUUGCACUGAUAUUUUCGGCAGUGGAUAUUAUGGGAGAAGAUGAGGAUGGACUCUCAGAAAAGAACUGUCAAAAUAACUGUCGGGUUGCUCUUGUGGAAAAUAUUCCUGAAGGGAUCAACUAUUCAGACAGUGCACCAUCCCAUUUGUCUCUUUUCCAAGGCUGGAUGAAUUUGCUUAAUAUGGCUGAAAAGUCUGUUGACAUAGUAUCUUCCCAGUGGGACCUCAAUCACAGUCAUCCAUCAGCAUGCCAGGGUCAGCGUCUUUUUGAAAAAUUGCUUGAACUGGCGUCCCGAAAUAUUGAGAUAAAACUAGUGAGCGAUAAACUGCCUGUGGAAUCAAAGGUAUUAAACGACUUGAAAACAAAGGGUGCUGAAGUGUUGUAUAUGAACAUGUCAGCAUAUAAUGAAGGUCGGCUUCAGUCAUCAUUCUGGAUUGUUGACAAACAGCAUGUAUACAUUGGAAGUGCCAGUCUAGACUGGAGAUCACUGGGACAGAUGAAGGAGCUUGGUGUCAUUGUAUACAACUGUAGCUGCCUGGUCCUGGAUUUGCAAAGGAUAUUUGCCCUGUAUAGCUCAUUAAGGUACAAGAAUAAAAUACCUCCGAGUUGGUCUAAGAGACUCUAUGGAGUGUAUGAUACUCAAAAUAAACUGACACUGCAGCUGAAUGAGACAAAAUCUGAAGCUUUUGUGUCGAACUCACCUAAACUCUUCUGCCCCAAGGACAGAGUCCUGGAUAUUGAAGCUAUCUACAGUGUUAUUGAUGAUGCCAAACAGUUUGUGUACAUUGCUGUCAUGGACUACUUGCCCAUUGUUAUCGACACCAAUGCUAAACGGUACUGGCCAUAUUUAGAUGGGAAGAUAAGAGAAGCAUUAGUUUUACGAAGUAUUAAAGUACGACUUCUCAUAAGUUUCUCAAGAGACACAGAUCCCCUUACUUUUAACUUUGUUUCAUCUCUGAAAGCGAUUUGCACGGAAGUUCCAAGCUGUAGUUUGAAAGUUAAAUUCUUUGACCUUGAGGAAGAGAGUGCCUGCUUUCUUAAAGAACAGAAGAACACUUCACUUCCCAAACUGAAUCGUAACAAAUACAUGGUGACCGACGGAGCUGCGUAUAUUGGUAAUUUUGAUUGGGUAGGAAAUGCUUUUACGCAGAAUGCUGGAGCUGGCCUUGUUAUCAACCAAGCAGACGCGGGGAACAGCACAAGCAUCAUUAAGCAACUCAAGGCUGUUUUUGAAAGGGACUGGUAUUCACAUUAUGCCAAAAGUUUACAACCAACAAAAAUCCCAAACUGCUUUAACCACAAACUCAAUAAAGGAACUUCAAAUAAGACUGCCAUGAGCAAUGUGAAUUAGAAAGACUUAUUUUACCGUUUAGUAUGGCAAUGAAGAAUCAUGUUGGGGUGUAGCCUUCUUUCAUAUUUACAGACAAAAGACUUAAAGAAAA